AGCGCUCCGGUUUUUCUGUGCUGAACCUCAGGGGACGCCGACACACGUACACGUCCCUUCGAUAGCUCAGCUGGUAGAGCGGAGGACUGUAGCUACUUCCUCAGCAGGAGACAUCCUUAGGUCGCUGGUUCGAUUCCGGCUCGAAGGAGACAAGUGCGGUUUUUUUUUCCAGCUCUCGAUGAUUUAUGGCCCUUUACUUGGGUGCCUUCAAUGACACAUUGCAUUCCAACAAGCAGUUUGAAAGUCUAGCGCUUUCUCCCCAUUUUGGGCCUCCCAGCCUGCCCGGGACUCAUCUGAGGCUAAGCUGCCCAUAGUUCGGGGAGACCCACAGGGAAAACAAAACAAGAAACAGAGAACUUGGAAACGGACGCUGAUUACUUUGAACGUUUGCUCAACCGAGGAAGCAGGAACUGUUCGACCCCAUCUCAAGUCCGCAGGGCGGGCUGCCUGGCUCUGGGCAGAUCCGAGGUGGAUAGGACAAGGCAAAAGGUAGCCCUGGAGAGGUGGAUACCUUUAUGGUGAAGGGAUUUGAAUUUAGCUUUUAAAUUGGAAUUUUUCAAAGACCACAACCCCAGCUGGCAAAGAUGAAAUACUUAACAUUAAGAAAGUCUUUUUGAUGAUUGCCUUUGUGAAGCCAGGAUAACAAUUUUCAAGACAUGUUUUGUUCAUUUUCACCUAAGAAGGUGCUAUUAGGCUACUUUCGGUGACUCAGUUCCUACACUCUCAAGACAGGGCUGGCAUUAGUUACACAGACUCUGUGCUGCGUUCUGCCCCUUCCUGGAGAAGCCAUCGCCAAGUUCUCAGUGAGUGCUCACAGAGGGCAUGGUUCAGUGGCUAGGCAUGCACAUUUGCAUUUGUUGUUGACAACUGUCAGCUUCGACCUCCUUCUCCUCACAACCCCGUCUAAAUGGGGUUUGUAAUCCUCCUUCCCACCCACUCUCUUCACUCCCUGGGGCAAGAAUGUUGACUCCUGCUCUCCGUCACCUGUCAGGAUCCAUCCUCCUGUCACUGGCUUAUAUGGACACGUCAGCCCACCGUCACGUGACUGCAGGCUGCUAAAAACAGCUCCGGCACCCACUCCAAACCAGGGCCUGAAACAAUGUCCUCCACCGAGAGAAACGUAAAGGACACUUGAUCACACAAUCCCUGGAAUAAUAUCCAGGAAACACUUGCUGGAGCCACUCGCAGCACCCUUCCCUGGCAGCACACUUGGGGACAGCGAGGAGAUGAGCGCAUCUCUGAAUUACAAAUCUUUUUCCAAAGAGCAGCAGACCAUGGAUAACUUAGAGAAGCAACUCAUCUGUCCCAUCUGCUUAGAGAUGUUCACGAAACCUGUGGUGAUUCUCCCUUGUCAGCACAACCUGUGUAGGAAAUGUGCCAGCGAUAUUUUCCAGGCCUCUAACCCGUAUUUGCCCACAAGAGGAGGCACCACCAUGGCAUCAGGGGGCCGAUUCCGCUGCCCAUCCUGUAGACAUGAAGUGGUUUUGGAUAGACAUGGGGUGUAUGGACUUCAGAGGAACCUGCUGGUGGAAAAUAUCAUUGACAUCUACAAGCAGGAGUCCACCAGGCCAGAAAAGAAAUCCGACCAGCCCAUGUGCGAGGAACAUGAAGAGGAGCGCAUCAACAUCUACUGUCUGAACUGCGAAGUACCCACCUGCUCUCUGUGCAAGGUGUUUGGUGCACACAAGGACUGCCAGGUGGCUCCCCUCACUCAUGUGUUCCAGAGACAGAAGUCUGAGCUCAGUGAUGGCAUCGCCAUCCUCGUGGGCAGCAACGAUCGAGUCCAGGGAGUGAUCAGCCAGCUGGAAGACACCUGCAAAACUAUCGAGGAAUGUUGCAGAAAACAGAAACAAGAGCUUUGUGAGAAGUUUGAUUACCUGUAUGGCAUUUUGGAGGAGAGGAAGAAUGAAAUGACCCAAGUCAUUACCCGAACCCAAGAGGAGAAACUGGAACAUGUCCGUGCUCUGAUCAAAAAGUAUUCUGAUCAUUUGGAGAACGUCUCAAAGUUGGUUGAGUCAGGAAUUCAGUUUAUGGAUGAGCCAGAAAUGGCAGUGUUUCUGCAGAAUGCCAAAACCCUGCUACAAAAAAUCUCGGAAGCAUCAAAGGCAUUUCAGAUGGAGAAAAUAGAACAUGGCUAUGAGAACAUGAACCACUUCACAGUCAACCUCAAUAGAGAAGAAAAGAUAAUACGUGAAAUUGACUUUUACAGAGAAGAUGAAGAUGAAGAAGAAGAAGAAGGCGGAGAAGGAGAAAGAGAAGGAGAAGGAGAAGUGGGAGGAGAAGCAGUAGAAGUGGAAGAGGUAGAAAAUGUUCAAACAGAGUUUCCAGGAGAAGAUGAAAACCCAGAAAAAGCUUCAGAGCUCUCUCAGGUGGAGCUGCAGGCUGCCCCUGGGACACUUCCAGUUUCCUCUCCAGAGCCACCUCCAGCCCUGCCACCUGCUGCGGAUGCCCCUGUGACACAGGGGGAGGUUGUACCCACUGGCUCUGAGCAGACCACAGAGUCUGAAACUCCAGUCCCUGCAGCAGCGGAAACUGCGGAUCCCUUGUUUUACCCUAGUUGGUAUAAAGGCCAAAUCCGGAAAGCCACCACCAACCCACCUUGCACCCCAGGGAGCGAAGGUCUGGGGCAAAUAGGGCCUCCAGGUUCUGAGGAUUCGAAUGUACGGAAGGCAGAAGUGGCAGCAGCCGCAACGAGUGAGAGGGCAGCUGUGAGUGGUAAGGAAACUAGUGCACCUGCAGCUACUUCUCAGCAACCCCCAAGGAGCACACUUGAGUUUUGAGUCUGUUCUGGAGAAUAACCUCUGAUUCAUGGAUUCUUGGAGUGUGCUGGCUACAGCUAGACAGAGACAGUCUUGGCUUGAUUAAACCUGUGCUUCCUAAGCGUGUGCUCCUGGGAGUGGAAAAGCACAGGUGCUCCUCCACAGAGAUUUUUUUCAAGAGACUCUUUCUUUAUAUGAUGAGUUUGAAGUCCAUGUCUUCCCCCUAACACUUGGUUAGAUGUUUGCAUGUCUCGAAGAGUCCACAGAAGAAAUCUUUUACAAUUUCUUCGCAAGGAAGAAUGUUCAUGGUGACUCCAUACUCAUGAACAUUCUUAAAUGAUGUGUAAGGUGUAAGUGUUGCCCAGGCAAGAGGCUGCCAGAAAGCACUCUCCAGUUCCAUGCUCCUGGGUCAUCAGGUGAUUGAUUAUGAACCACAAACAACAUGUUCUCAAAAAUCAGAAAAUGACUUAUUAUUUUGAUUGUAUCUGCUCAAGAGACUUCAAUUCCAUGAGGCAGUAAAAGGAAAUGAUUUUGGAAAAUUAAAAGUAACAUGCUUUGGGGUUGGAUGUUUAUUUUCACAGAUAAAAUGACAAAAAUAAAUGUUUGGUGGGAAGAAAUCUUUUGAGGUGGUUUUUAGGUAAAAGAUGCAGUAGACUGAUUAUUUCUAGAAAAUGUGUGGCAAUUCUUAUACAUGGUAGUAGAAGCUGUGUGCGGAGGGGCUGUUUCCUGAAAACAGUAGUGCACUACCCCAUGAAGAGCACGUAGUAGAGCUCAAGCCAAAAUGAAAAGUCCAUUGAAAUAAUGUUGAAAAUAAUUAUUUGUGAUAAUAUCAGUGAAGCUUUCUUCUUGUUUU